UUUUUGGGGAGGCAGCUGCUGAUCUCUCUGCGCGCUCGUGGAGAGGAGGGAGAGCCCGGGGUUCCUGUGUGCCAGCUCUGCGGAGGGAAGGGGGUGUUUUGUGUGUGGGGGGUGACGGGGGUGUAGCCCUCCCCUCCUUCUCUCCUCCCUCUGCUGCUCCCCCCCUCUCAGCCGCUCUCAGACCAUUGUUGUUGUGACUGCCAUCCGGGGAGCAGCAGAGCGCCUGUGUCGGGUCUGGUGCGCGGAGGACGGUUCGCUCCUCUCAGCGCAGCUAAAGAGAAACGGACUGAGGAGGUCGAGCUUCUCUCCACAGAAUCCAGUAGAAAGAAGUACAAUAAAAAUAACUUCUCUGCAGUGAGAGGCUGUAAAGUCUCUGCGUAAAGACGCACGAAAAGACGCAUCCAAGAACGGCGCUCUGUGUGGACUCACUGGAUCUUUUUUAACUUGAGACGCUGAUUUCUGUCAUCUUCUAUGUUCAGUUGGCUAUUGUAAUCUGUGGAAUUAGCGGUGUAGACCACGGACUUUGCCCUGAGGAUCACAUCUCCUCCAGCAAGUCUAUAUUCUCCAGCCGCCGAUCACGUCGUUGGAGCUGCUUCGUAUGGAUUUAUAACACUGACUUUUAACUUCCACCGGAUAUAAACCAAAUCCUACUUUUUUGGAUAAAGAGAAGGACAUUUAAGUUUCAAAAUGAGGAUUCCAAUAUUCCCUCGCUUCGACCGGGAAGAGGAGUGAUUUUCUCCCGCGGUGCCAGUCAUCCUCAGGAGGACAGACCGGGAGGAAAAGGAUCCAGGUUGCUGAUGAGGUGUGUGAGGCCCGCUCCAGCUCUGCCUUUUUAAUCACUGCUACGUUGGUUCCUGAAGAUGGAGAGGGUCUGCUCGUUCUGGGUGCUGCUGAUCUGUUUGGUGGACGGAGUUGCAGUCCGAACGGUUGCAGAAACGAGAAAUAAAGAUUUUCAGGAGUCCAGGCCACUGAUUGUGCCAGGUUACCCCAAGAACACCACAGUGGAGUUGGGUGGUCAGGCGAAACUGUUGUGCAAAAUCCACAAGCCGGCGUUCACCAAAGUGCAGUGGCUGAAGUCUGACUCCAGCAGCACUGGAGCGAGCCAGCCUCAGAUCAGAGCUCUGACGCCCCUGCAGAGCAGCUCCUCCAAAACAAAAACUCUUCACCUGUCCAACGUUACGUUGGAAGAUGCAGGCGAGUACAUCUGUGUAGCUGAGAGCAGCCACGCCGGGGAGACGCUUCAGGCCAUGCAGACAGCGUGGCUGCAGGUCCUGCCUGGAAGCACUUCCAAAGACUUAAAUUCAGCAGAAAUCAUUUCAGAACUUCCCCCCAAAAGACCCUCCCUGCUGGCCGGUCUUCCUGAAAACACCACAGCAGUGGUGGGGAGUGACGUCCAGUUUCGGUGUAAGGUCCACGGUGACGCCGGCACUAAGACGCAGUGGCUGAAACACGUGGAAAUAAACGGUAGUCGCUUCUCCUCCGAGGGGCGUCCCCACAUCAAGGUCCUCAAAACAAGCGGGUCCGACUCUAAUCACCGGGUGGAAAUGGAGGUGCUGUACUUGUCAAACGUCAACCUGGAGGAUGCAGGAGCGUACAGCUGCCGGGCUGAAAACUCAGCCGGCGUCGCUCUCCAAACCGCCUGGCUCUCGGUCAUUCCAGAUCCUGAGACGAGACGCACAUGGGUUCAGGAGGUCGAAGUUGAAAGAGAGACUGAUUUAGAUGUUCUCGAGGACCUCAGGGAGGACACCACAGAGCAUCUGGUGUUGGAGCCGGGGGACGUUCUGAAGCUGCGCUGCGAUGUGAACACGCGCCGCAGUGCGGCGGUGACCUGGUACAAGGAGGGCGUCCGGCUCCUGGCCACCACACGCAUCAAGAUGCGAGGCGCCAUGGCGGAGAUCACUGAUGUGACCUACGAGGACUCAGGAGUUUACGUCUGCACGCUCAGAGGAACCAAACACCCCGUGAGGAACUUCACCAUCACUGUUGCAGACUAUUUAGGGUCCGGGGACGACGAUGAGGACAAUGGAUUGGGGGAUUCAUCUGCUGAGAGUGACAAUGACCAAGUUUACCUUUCUAGAGUUCCCGUCUGGACUCACACCCAGCGCAUGGAGAAGAAGCUGUACGCCGUCCCUGCAGGCAACACAGUCCGCUUUCGCUGCCCGGCCAUUGGCAACCCAAUGCCGACCAUCCGCUGGUUGAAAAACGGGCGUGAAUUCAGAGGAGAGCACCGGAUCGGGGGGAUCAAGCUGCGGCACCAGCACUGGAGCUUGGUGAUGGAGAGCGUCGUGCCCUCGGACAGAGGAAAUUACACCUGCGUGGUGGAAAAUGAGUACGGCUCCAUCUCCCACAACUAUGUUCUGGAUGUUCUGGAACGUUCCCCCCACAGGCCCAUUCUGCAGGCGGGGCUACCAGCCAAUACCACAGCAGUGGUGGGAAGUGACGUUCAGUUCCGCUGUAAGGUCUACAGCGACGCCCAGCCUCACAUUCAGUGGUUGAAGCACAUCGAAAUUAACGGCACUCGCUACGCCCCUGAUGGGGUUCCCUACGUAAACGUCCUGAAGACAGGCAGCCUGAACAUGUCAGACGUGGAGGUGCUCUACCUGUCGAAAGUUACCAUGGAGGACGCAGGGGAAUACACCUGUCUGGCUGGAAACUCCAUUGGCUACGCCCACCAGUCCGCCUGGCUCACUGUGCUGUCAGAGGAAGAAGCAGCUGACCCCAUGGAAACCAUGGAAACCAAAUACACGGACAUCAUCAUUUACGCCUGUGGAUUCCUGGCUUUAAUCAUGGCGGUCAUCAUCGUGGUGCUGUGCCGGAUGCAGGUCCAGCCCAGACGAGAGCCCUUUGAUGCCCUUCCAGUUCAGAAGCUCUCCAAGUUCCCUCUUCGCAGACAGUACUCGGUGGAGUCCAACUCAUCGGGGAAGUCCAGCGCCUCUCUGAUGAGGGUGGCUCGCCUCUCGUCCAGCUGCUCCCCCAUGCUGGCAGGAGUCAUGGAGUUUGAGCUUCCCUACGAUCCGGAGUGGGAGUUCCCCAGAGAGAAUUUAACGCUGGGCAAGCCUCUGGGGGAAGGCUGCUUCGGUCAGGUGGUUAGGGCUGAAGCCUACGGCAUCAACAAGGACGGCCCGGACCAGGCCACCACCGUGGCGGUGAAAAUGCUCAAAGAUGACGCCACAGACAAAGACCUGGCUGACCUCAUCUCUGAGAUGGAGCUGAUGAAGGUGAUGGACAAGCACAAGAACAUCAUAAAUCUGCUGGGAGUCUGCACGCAGGACGGCCCUCUUUAUGUGCUGGUGGAGUACGCGUCUAAAGGCAGUUUGAGGGAGUACCUGCGGGCCAGGCGACCUCCAGGCAUGGAUUACACCUUUGAUGUGACCAAAGUGCCAGAGGAGCAGCUCACCUUCAAAGACCUGCUGUCCUGUGCCUACCAGGUGGCCCGAGGGAUGGAGUACCUGGCCUCAAAAAGGUGCAUCCACAGGGAUCUGGCAGCCAGGAACGUUCUGGUGACGGAGGACAACGUGAUGAAGAUUGCAGACUUCGGCCUGGCCAGAGGAGUCCACCAGAUAGACUACUACAAGAAAACCACCAAUGGGCGUCUGCCAGUGAAAUGGAUGGCACCAGAAGCUUUGUUCGACAGAGUCUACACACACCAAAGCGACGUGUGGUCGUUUGGCGUCCUGAUGUGGGAGAUUUUCACCUUGGGGGGUUCGCCGUACCCCGGCAUCCCCGUGGAGGAGCUCUUCAAGCUGCUAAAGGAGGGACACCGCAUGGACAAACCUUCCAACUGCACACAUGAACUAUACAUGCUGAUGACUGAGUGCUGGCACGCCAUUCCUAACCAGAGACCGACGUUCAAGAAGCUGGUGGAGGAGCUGGACAAGGCUCUGCUCUCCAUUUCUGACGAGUACUUGGACCUGUCCACGCCCUUCGAGCAGUACUCCCCUUCCUGUGAGGACACGUCCAGCUCCUGCUCAUCUGACAACGACUCCGUUUUUACCCACGAUGCCUUGUCCACCGACCCCUGCCUCCUGAGCUACCAGGACGUGCACUCCCGGAUAGACACAAAGACGGCUCUCCGAUAGGAACCCAACCCCGGAGCGGCGCAGUGCUGCUCGAGGACAGUGACACGUCUACUGGACGCCAAACUAAAGGUCCGCUGCUGCGUUUAUAAAGUUUAAGUUAAAGAUUUCUAUUUGUCACAGGACCUCCUUUACGGCACCAGUUAAAGCCCUUAGAUAUAAGCAGGCAUUUAUGCACACGGACUCAUACUUACACAUAUGCACACGGAGCACUGAGGCUUCUUCGAGAGGUGGGGAAGAACAUGCCAGCAGAAGAAAGGAGGACUAAAACAGACUGUCAGCCUCAAAAAUAAUCCUGAAUCUCACCAGCUCUUCUUCAGAGGAAGACUACGGACACCCCCCACCCCUUCAGCAAACACGACCCAAAGCCAGGGUUUGAAACCUCGGUCGUAAAGACAUUUUUAGUACAGAAAGAAAGAUUUAUUUUGCUAUGUAAAAGGUAAGAAGCUGAUUGUUGAAUAUAAAUCUCUCUAUAUAAGAUUAUUUUACUUUUGUGUUGCUUAUUUAAAAAAGAAAACUGUCUUAAAAUCUCAGGAUCUCUCAUGCUAAGUUGCCGUGUUGGCAACAAAGUGCCUGAACUGACGAUUUCCUGUGAAUAUAUUAGAUUAUUAAAAUAUUUGUUUGUACAUAUCAACAAAAGGAAGGCGUUUGCGUGUUAUAAAUUAUUCAGAAUGACACAAAAAUGAAGGAGGCAAGAAGAGAGGAGGAAUCUAAUCCCAAAAAGUGCCAAACCAGCAGCGGCGGCCGCGGCGGUCAGGCCGCCUUCCUGUUCAACGUUCAUUCCAAAACCCCUCACUUGUAUCUAUUAGCGAUCUGCCACAGGUUUGGAGUCACUGCGACUUUGCAAAGCAACAACAGAUGAUGGAAAUACUUGCAUAACUUUAAAAAAAAUCUUAAAAUAACUGUGAGUUGUAAAAAAGCAGAAUAAAACCUUCCAUCUGUCGUUUUUCA